AGAGGCCACUAGCUGCGGGUUCCCCGACAGAGUGACUCUCGGAGAGCCUUAGAUGGGAGCUUCUGGUUAAGUUGUAUUCGGUGAUUGUGAAGUCAUUGUGCAUUUUAUUGGUCCAUAUCGAGUGUUCUUCCGGUCGUGAAAGCCUCGAGCACCAACAGAGACAAAUUUCCCCACCGGAUCAUUUUCAUUUCCAAAGUUUCUAUCCGUCGGGCGUCCGUUUACGCUAUCCGCUUGAAAUCGCUGGCGCCGUCUUGCACUUGACUGACUUGCACAUUGGAGAGGCAAUGAUCAACCUGAAGCGGUUUUUAUGCCCAGUGGUGGUGGUAGUCGCCAUCACCUGUCUGGUACUGCUUUAUUUCUCAAGCUUCCGUCAGUCUGGCGUCACCACAAUGAGUGAAGAAGUCUCGAAGAACAACGACACAGGUGGAGGGGCGGUGACGGAUAUGAUGCGCCUCCUUCACGGCAGCGUUGAGAGAGUGCUUGUUGACGGUCAGCUGCCUGUGGACCCUUGGGAGGAGAAGUCGAUGAGACUCUGGGGCAGCGAUCCUCACGGGAGCCCGUGUUCCAAGUACAAAACAAGGUUCGGGAAACGGCUACCGCCGGUGUGGCUGGCUUCGUUCGCUGGCUCUGGCAACACCUGGACGCGCUACCUACUAGAGGCGGCGUCGGGCGUCUUCACCGGCUCCAUCUACCGGGACAAGAGGCUCAUUGAUAAAGGUUAUCUUGGAGAGAAUGAUGAUGUUACCAGCAAGCGAACCCUUGUGCAGAAAAUACACGAGAUUCCACCAUGCACGCUCAAGGACAACAUGUGCCCGGAAAACAACCGAACGAUCCCCACCGUCCUGCUGCUCAGGAAUCCGGCCAACUUGGUGCCUUAUGGCCGCGGUGGUUGCGGCGCCAUGAUCGAAUGUUUCAAACAAUCAAUUAUUCUAGUCCAAGCAACUAACCCUUCCUCCCACAGUGCCAUCUUGGCAUACUACAAGUUGAUGGAAAGCAAAAGUCACGUAAAGCAGAUCCCAGUCUCUGACUUUGAAAGCAAAUCGUUCCGCUCCUUUGUGAGCAAAAACAUACGGUAUUGGACGGAGCUGGCCCUGGACCGCCUUCUGUGGACCGAAGCGCCGCUGUACGUGAUGCACUACGAACGUCUGGUGCAGGAGCCCAUCAAGGAGCUCACCGCCCUCCUCGCCUUCCUCGGGGUGCCUUGGGACGAGGGCAGGAUGGAGUGCAUCGCCUCACACUUGGACGGCAGCUUCAAAAGGAAAGGCAACGCGGCCUUCGACCCCUAUACCGCCGAGGAGAAGGCGGCGAUGGCGAUAGAGGCGGCAGCUGUCAACAGGACCCUCCUGAUGAUGGGCUACCCACCCCUUCCGACCUACCACUGAGUGCAGACUUCUGAACUUAAAUAAUAUACGUAUCACAGAAUAAGAUGGUACGGUCAGUUUUCCAUAAAGCAUGAUUGCAUUGUGGCCUUCA